AUGCGGCGGACGAGGGAGAAGGACGCCCUCGCCGGGGUGGGGGAGGGGGAGGGCGGCGGCGAGGCCCCGUCGGCAAAGAAGAGCCGAAAAGCGGCCACGCCGGGGAAGCGAUCCAAGGAAGGGAACCUCGUGCAGGCCCGUCUGGAGGACGUGGUCGGCGAGCUCGCCGCGGCGAAUCAUCCCCCUUCCAGUGGCGUGAAACCCGAGCCUGGGGCGCCGUUGCCGAAGCACGAGGUACCGCCGCCGAAGCCGGAGGAGUACGUCUACCCCCCUCUGCGGGCUUUGCUUCCCGCAAAUGAGCAGCACCGCGCCAACCUCCUUUGGAUGAGUAAAUUUAAAGAGUCAUUUGAGAGUCCUUUGCCGCUGGCAGAUCAAGGGCAAACGGCGGAUCGUGUGGAUCCGAAGCCAUCAGGCGCGCUGCCCGCGUGCGUAAACGCGAUACGUCUUCCGCUGGUUCAGAUUCAGCGGCGCUUAAAUCCGGAAAAGAAGGCCUCUGGUAGGGUUGCGAAAGAGGAGGGUGGGGAGAGCGACGAUGGAACGACGCACACUCGUGCCAAGGCUAACCCGGCCUUUGGCGAGAAUGGAGCGCCGUCGGUGGGCGGCGAGGGCACGGAGGAGGAGCCGAUCCCACCGAAAAAAGCCUCUGGGAAGGCGUCGCCCGGCUGCCCUGUUGGCGCGAAGGUCUACACCUUGAUGGUCCACCCGCUUCAGCUCUUGGAACCGCUUACAAGCGCCUCGGGGAAGCGUCUGACGAAGUUCCUCUGGCAACACACCAGCGAGCGGACCAAAGUGGAGCUGCUUCGCUCGGCCACCGCACGUGGCAGUGGGGGGGAGUCCUCUAAAAGGGAAGCGACCGUGCGGUCUGCCACCCUACCAGGGGCGGAUCCCAAACCCCCGACGGUUUCCAAACCGACGCCAGAGGCUGAAGCAACAGAGGCGCCCAUUUCUGAAAAUCCCACUCUUUGA